UCCAAUCCGCGCGCCGUAUUAUAUGUUUGCCAGCGCGAGGCCAGUUCCAGCUUGACCAUGCACCUCCCGCUGCACGGCGAAUCGCUCUACUACGUGGCGUACGAUGCACCCAUGCCCACGGCGCCCGAUGUCCUCUACCUCUACGCCGACUACCGCUACACCGCGUACUUUGAAGACUUUGGCCCGUUCCACUUGGGCACGACGAUGCAGUUCUGCGACGACCUAUCGAAGCUCCUCGCCCAAGCCAGGCGCGAGAAGAAGUUCGUGCACGUCUGCACGCGCCAUGGCCUCGAAGAGCAAGCCAACACGGUCUGCCUCGUGGGUUGCUACGCUGUACUGUGCGCUGGCAUGACCCCCGCCGAUGCGCUACGCCCAUUCCGCGACAUGCAGCUCGCCUAUUUUCACGACGCCACCGACGACGAGUGUUUGUUCGAGCUCUCCGUGUGCAAUGUGGUCGAAGGGUUCGCCAAGGCCCUUUCACUCGAGUACGUCGUCCGCGAUCACUUUUGUGUGUCCGACUAUGUACACCACGAACAAGUCAAGCAUGGCAACUGGAACUGGAUCACGCCGCGCCUCUUGGCGUUUGCAGGUCCGUCGGCGACAACCCACCCGCCAAUGGGCAUUGACCACGUCGACUUGAGCUUUCCCGACGGCAGCAACCCGUCCAAUACGCUCUUGCGCGCCUUCUUUGGGGCCUGCGACGCGACACCAGGGGCGAUCGCAGUGCAUUGUAAAGCCGGACUGGGCCGCACGGGCACGUGUAUUGCUGCCUAUCUCAUGCAGCGCGACGGGUUCUCGGCCAAGCAAGCCAUUGGCUGGUUGCGACUCUGCCGCCCGGGUAGCGUCAUUGGUCCGCAACAAAACUUUCUCGUUGCCAAUGAAGAAACCAAGUGGGGGUCGAUGCUGCCACAAGCUGCCGAGCCACGUGCCAAGCUGCCAAGCGCUGCGUGGAACCAAGGCGCGCAGCUCUUGCUGCAGCGCAAGCGCAAGCACUGUUCAACACGAGAGACGAAUGCGGGCAGUGUGCGCCUCAAAACGUAGUGCUCCAAGUGUCUCGUUGUCUGCGAACAUGCGCGCAUCUGCCUGUGUUGAAUGUAUAUGUACCACAACGUACACUUCACUUUACUUUGCCAGA